UCCCCCUGAUACGACGGAGCGAUACUUCUUUGGCGCUCGUUGCGGAGGACGUUCCAGACCUCAAGACACUUCAGUUUUGUCCGGUCAUUAGAACGGUUUGUCUGCACGUUGCGGUUCUGUCAUCAACAUGUCAUCUCCAAAGAAAGUCUGCAUCGUUGGCUCCGGCAACUGGGGUUCAGCAAUUGCUAAAAUUGUUGGAGCCAAUGCCAAAAAGUCUCCCAACUUUGUGGACAGAGUCACCAUGUAUGUCUAUGAAGAAAUGAUUGAUGGCAAGAAACUCACAGAAAUCAUCAACACCACUCAUGAAAAUGUGAAGUACCUGCCUGGUCACAAGCUCCCUGAGAAUGUGGUUGCUGUCCCAGACCUUGUGGAUGCUGCUGAUGAUGCAGAUAUCUUAAUAUUUGUGGUACCUCAUCAGUUCAUCCCCCGACUAUGCCAAAGCCUGGUCGGAAAGGUUAAGCCAACAUGCAUGGGUCUCUCUCUAAUCAAGGGUUUUGACAGGCCAGAAGGUGGUGGCAUUGACCUUAUCUCCAACAUUAUCACUCGUAUGCUUGGAAUCCAAAUGGCUGUUUUGAUGGGUGCCAACUUGGCUGGUGAAGUAGCUGAUGGAAACUUCUGUGAAACCACAAUUGGCUGCAAUGACAAAGCCAUGGCUCCUAUUCUUAAAGAAUUGUGCCAAGCCGACUUCUUCAGAGUUGUGGUGGUUGAUGACAGGAACACAGUGGAGAUUUGUGGUGCCCUGAAGAACAUUGUUGCCUGCGCUGCGGGUUUCACAGAUGGCUUGGGUCUGGGAGACAACACCAAGGCUGCUGUGAUCAGAUUGGGUUUGAUGGAGAUGAUCAAAUUUGUUGACACUUUCUUCCCUGGCUCUAAGCUUAGCACUUUCUUUGAAAGUUGUGGAGUUGCUGACUUGAUCACUACUUGCUAUGGUGGCCGCAACAGGAGGGUGUCUGAGGCAUUUGUCAAGACAGGCAAGUCCAUCCCUGAUCUGGAGGCAGAGAUGUUGAACGGACAGAAGCUGCAAGGGCCAAUUACUGCUGAGGAAGUUAAUGUGAUGUUGAAGGCAAAGAACAUGGAGGACAAAUUUCCUCUCUUCACGGCUGUGCACAAAAUCUGCACAGGGCAAAUCAAACCAGUCCAGCUUGUUGACAGCUUGAAGAACCACCCUGAGCACAUUGAAGUUGAUGUCGACCAUCGCAGCUCCCUCUAAUAUCUGCACCAUGGAUCAAUGACCCUAUUGGAAGACUGCUAUGCCAAUCAAGCUCCUUAUGGAAGUGAAAUCGAAAUUUAAGCAUAAGAACUUGUGAAACUUCGGCAUUUGUUCUUAAAUUUAGUUAUUUUAAAUUUUUUCAUUUUAGCUAAGAAUAUUCAUUCAUCCUCUCCAAUGGUAUUGUUAUUAGUAUUUGAUAUUGCUCAGGGCAAUUGUAAAUGUACUCAAUUUUUAAACCUGCCUUUUAAGACUCAGCUAUGUUACUUACCACUCAAUUUCCAUGACUUGCACUCCUGCUUUUGCAUUUAUUACCCCUGUAGACCUAGUCUCUUGUUAGCUAAUGUUUUCUGUAUUUUUAAAACGAUAUUGUUGCAUUUAUUUGCAGUGGUUUUGUAGUAGAAUAGGGAGAAAUUUAGACUUCACACCUGUUCUCUAAGGCAUGCUUAGGCCCUUGAAAAAUAUCUGACCACAUUUGUUGUUUACAGGGGAUGAAUUGAGCACUACAUCAAUGGAUAUAGUUGAUACUAGUUCCCUGGGCAGUCGUCUCGAAUCUAGGUGAAGCAGCUGUUACAGUGAGACCAUCACCUUAAUGUGUUCAAAAUUGUUUAAAGAAAUGUAUAUGGAGGAAAAUUCAUCUUUUAACUUGCUUGUUUUCAUAUUUUACUGUUUUAAUUUGUUUCUAUAUUUGGCAAUGUAUUUCUUAAACUAAAGGCAGAAACCCUUGGAAAAUUUUAUUAAUUUGGGGAAAGUUGAGUGUUUGCUAUCUCCUGUUGAAAGAAUCUGUGUGUAAGUGGAUCCUAUCAACUGUACCUGGAAUGUAAUAUAAGUGGGCUGCUUUAAGUGUAAAGAUGCAGGCAUCUUUUGAUUGUGCUCAAAUGUUAUUUGUAAGAUUAUUGAUUUGUUUUAUCAGAAUUGGAUGCACCUAGUCAAUAAAUUACACAGUAAA